GGUGGGGGGAUUGAGGGAGAGAGUUCCAGAGUUUCGGGGAAUGGUUGUUCAAGGCACGGCUACUGAUGGUGGAGGGGACGAGGGAUGAACAGGAGGCCGAAGCCAGAUGAGCAGUGUUGGGGAGAAGCAAAUUGGAGAGAUAGGGAGGUGCGAGGGCUCAAAGGGAUUUGUAAACUAGUGACAAGAUCUUGAAAUCGAUCCGUUGGUUAACUGGGAGCCAGUGAAGUCUGUCGAUGCCCGGUGUGAUGGAGAUACAGAGCUUUGAGCCCUUGAUAGCAAAAAGGAGAGCUCCCACAUCCCGUCAGGAUCAGCUGAGGCUAGAGGUGACCACACAGGAGAUAUGAGUGAAGCCACAGGUUCAGUAAAUAAACAGAGCAUUCUGGCCAAAAGAGGAGGAGUCUCAGUUGGUGACAAUGAAGUUCUCAAGAUAUCUAAGAAAGGUUGGCGAACCGGAAAGGAUUCGUCCAAAUACAAUCAAGCGAGUGGGGGAGAGACUGGGAACAGCAGAUAUAGUUUGAGAAAGAGGGAGAGAAGAACAUACACUGAGGAAAGUGAUCUGCCUGAGGAUGACUAUCUGUCCCCCAAUAUGGAUGAUUCUGAGGCUGAUCCUUCAGAGUUCCUUCAGAAACACAGGAGAAAACAUCCCGAGUUCUGCCCAGACAUGUCAGAAACUCAGUCUGCUUGUAGCAUCAAUGAUUCUUCACAGCAGAAAGAGUGUCAGGGAUCUAUCACAUAUACUAUUGGAGAAAAGAGGUUUAUGCAAAUGAAAUCUCUACAGAAUCAUCAGAUCUCAGGAGAGAGACCAUAUCAAUGUGCCAAAAGUGAGAAGAGUUUCACACAGUCAGGGCACCACGAGACACACCAGCGAUCACACACAAAAGAGAGAUGGUAUCUAUGUGCCAAAUGUGGAAAGAGUUUCAAAAGUUCAUGGCAACUCAAGGUACACCAACGUUUACACACAGGAGAGAGGCCAUAUAAAUGUGCCGAAUGUGGAAAAAGUUUCACACAGUCAGGGCAACUCAAGGUACACCAGCGAUCACACAGAGGAGAGAGACCACAUAAUUGUGCCGAAUGUGGGAAGAGUUUUACAACAUCAGGGGAUCUCCGAAAGCACCAACUAUCACACACAGGAGAGAGACCGUAUCAGUGUGCUGAAUGCAGAAAGAGAUUCAGAACGUCGGGGUAUCUCCAGGUGCACCAUCGAUCACACACAGGAGAAAGACCGUAUAAAUGUGCCAAAUGUGGUAAGAGUUUUGCAAGUUCAGGACAACUCAAGGAACAUCAGCGAUUACACACAGGAGAGAAACCGUAUAAAUGUGCCGAAUGUGGAAAGAGUUUUACACAGUCAGGCAGCCUCAAGGUACACCAGCGAUCACACACAGGAGAGAGACCAUAUCAAUGUGCCGAAUGUAGGAAUAGUUUCACAACGUCAAGGAACCUCAAGGUACACCAGCAAUCACACACAGGAGAGAGACCAUAUAAAUGCCCCGAAUGUGGAAAGAGUUUCAAACAGUCAGGGUACCUCAAGGUACACCAGCGAUCACACACAGGAGAGAGACCAUAUAAUUGUGCCGAAUGUGGGAAGAGUUUUACAACAUCAGGGGAUCUCCAAAAGCACCAACGAUCACAUACAGGAGAGAGACCGUAUCAGUGUGCUGAAUGUGGAAGGAAUUUCAGAACGUCGGGAUAUCUCCAUAUACACUAUCGAUCACACACAGGAGAGAGACCAUAUCGAUGUGCCAAAUGUGGUAAGAGUUUCACAAGUUCAGGACAACUCAAGGAACAUCAGCGAUUACACACAGGAGAGAAACCGUAUAAAUGUGCCGAAUGUGGAAAGAGUUUCAGACAGUCAGGCAGCCUCAAGGUACACCAGCGAUCACACACAGGAGAGAGACCAUGUCAAUAUGCCAAUGUAUCAAUGUAAAUUUGUUACUUUAAUUGCCUUUGAAGCAGAUAAUUUUACACUUCUAUACAGUUCUCCAGAUGUGGUCAGUUAUUUCAGCCAUAUGAUUGCGGGUUGGAUGAGGGCCUAGUUGGGCCUAGAGUCUUUAUACAGACAACUUAAUGAUACUCCAUCCAGAGAGUCGCUGUUUCCUGCAAUAACCAGAGACGGGUUUUGUUCAUGGACGUGUCACUACCUCUGGGUUGGCGUCACUGGUGAGGAUUGGCUCUGUAAUUGCUUAGCUGAUCUGCGUGGGGUGGCGGUGGGAGAAGGAUAUAAAUUUGCAUGGGAGAUGGACAUGAGGGAUAUUACUUUGUGUGGUGUGCAGAAAUGAGGUACGGUGUGUGGGAAAUGGUUAUUUUUUGUGUGUAUGGGGGAGGGGUGUGAAAGGGAUUUCAAUGUGUGGGAGAGGUGAGGAGUGUGGGGUACAUAUUAAUGUAUGUAGGGGUGAGGGGGCAGGUGAGGUGUGUGGGAUAGGGAUAUUCAUGUCUGUGGGCGGGGGAGGGGUUGGGGUGGGAGAGAGGAAAGCUGAGAAGCGAGGAAGAAAGAUAUUGAUUUGUGCUACCAUGAGGUUGGGGCUCCUUCCAUGUACAAGUUCACUGUAAUGUUACAAUAAACUCUUAACUAAUAUUGAAGCCA